UUUACUUCCUUGUUGUAGCUAUACAAAAGCUGAAGCUCUCUCCCCGCGCUGCACUCGUUGACUGGAUAAGGUGCAUAUACACUUCGUGUUAAACAGCGGGAGAGACGAAGGGACCUACGUUACUGAUGGUGCGCCCCAGAAUGGAUAUGAAGAUACCACUGGUGGAUAGGACUUGCCAAUGUCGGUAUUGUUUAAAGUGAUAUAUAUAUAAAUGAUAAAUACUUGUAAGAUUGCUUGUAACAUUAUCCUAAGGUAAUCUAAUAUGAAAUAUUUAAUAACUUAACCCAUGUAUUGCUCUUUUGUCUGUGCUUCUUCUCAUUUGCACUUCUUGAGCACGUCGUCUAAUGAUGGGGUAAGUAUAAGCGAAUUGCUGGAACUAACAUGCUUUUUGUGGUGAGUAUUUACGCUUUGUGAGAAUCUGGAGUGAGGUGUGCAAGGGGAUGAAUGUGUCAUGAUGUCCGGAUUUGUCAUCAAAAUUGUAGAGUAAAUGUCACAAAUAUAUGAAGCAAUUCACUUAGUGGAGCUGACAAAUGAAAGGAUUUGCCUUGUGACUUUAACUAAAACAGAUCGUUAAUUAUCAUCGACUAAUAUGCAAUAUAAAAGUCACAAGGAAUAUCCUUUCAUAUCCUGGCCUGAUAUUGUAGUGAACAAUUUACAUUUAGCAACAACCACUACAACGCCACCAACGUGUGGCCCCAUGACAGAUGCCUCUCUGGACGAGGACUGCUCCUACGCGCGAUGUGUGGCCGUCAACAGCUCGUGUGUGACGACGUCAGCGGGAAGCCGUAGAUGUGCCUGUGUUAACAAGAACGUGCAGAUAUCGGCUACAGAAUGCUCAUUGGGACCAAGUGUUCUGUCAAGUACCACAAACUACAUCUUCAACACAGAUCUAUCUAGAACGUCAGUAACUGUGGGAUCAAUCAUGUUUGAUGGGCUUAGUACUUUCCCCACAAAUACCUUCUCCAUAGAAGGUCAAGUAUAUCCUGAUGAGGGGAUCCUGGACCUCAUGAGAAACUCGAGUCACAUUGAUGUGGCACUGGUCAAGGAAAUAAGCGAUGCUAACACAUUUGUGGUGGCGUUACGUGCAACCUCCGGUGCGUUCACUGUGCAGCAGGUUGUGACCGUCAGGAUCACAUCCUCCUCCUUCACACCAGAAGACGUCACAGUUAUGCUAGUGGAGGGAACCAGGAAAGGCACGCUGAUAACUGACGUGAGGACUAUUGGUAGUUUGGGAGGGUACAGCAACUUCGAAAUGGAGACCACAGAUCAGACAGCAAGGGCCCUGUUCAAUGUGACCACAUCGGGGCAGGUUCUUUGUGGACGAGAUAUGUUUUUGAUUGACUUUACCAAUAACGACACAGUAGCUAAAGAAUAUAUAUUCAGUGUCAAAGCGACAAAGGGAGGACAGAGCGCAACAAUUGCAACAUUUUACAUCUUGUUAUUCAAGAGUACUUUUACAACAACGUUAAGAGAAAAUUGGAAAGGCAAUAUCUUGAGCUAUACUAUAACAAGCUCUAAGUUCCAGGUUGCUAUUAAUGACACGCUCCCAUAUAGACUAAAACUAUCAAAGGACUUGACGACAAUUAGUCUGGCAAAAGAAGUUGACUACGAAGCUGGUAUCACAAGUAUGAAUUUUAAACUUGAUCUUGUCACGACGACCAGUACAAAGUCAACUACAGUAGAUGUCCACAUAAACAUUGAAGACCAAAAUGACGAACGCCCAAAAUUUAAAAAAGCAGUUUACGAAUUUUCUCUGCUUGCUGGAUCUAAGGGGAAUAGUGUAGUCGGCGUUGUUGAUGUUACUGAUAGAGAUACAGUUGGGCAGACAACAUUUAGUCUGGAAGGUAGACAUAAAGACGACUUCAGCAUAAACGACGAUGGUGUUUUGACAUCAAAAGUGGAUUUAACAAGAGGCCGUUUCCCCUCCGCGAUCCCCCUCCGGGUCAAGGCUUAUGAUGGAGUAACCUACUCUGAUGAAGCCAACAUCACUGUCUAUCUCAUCUCCUACACCAUUAAUGCAGUCAACCUCAACAAGACAUUCCGUGGCAGAGUCAGUGAAAACAGUCCAGGAGCAUUUGUGGCCAAUGUCGCAGUGUCAAACCAUACCGGUUACAAAUUUGCAAAUCCUCAGGCUGACAGAUUCUUCAGCCUGGAUUCUAAAUCUGGGCUCGUCACAACAGCUAUUGGCCUAGACCGAGAGAACGACGACCAGGCAGAUACUGCAUUCACCAUUCAGGCUUACAUGGAUAGUGUCGACCAGUGCUCCCCUGUUACGAUUGGUCAACUCAUUACGAAUAUAACGGACUUGAACGACAAUGCGCCAGAAUUCUCUAGACCUUCUUAUACAGGAAGUGUAAAAGAAAACUCCAUUCAAGGAACCCUGGUUGUUGGUUUGGUGGACAUAGCUGUUACCGACGAAGACGUUGGAGUGAAUGGUUUUGUAAACUUCGCUUUGACGGGACCUGGGAAGACCUAUUUUGCUGUUGAGAAAUCAAACCACAACAAAUUCACCAUAAAAACCAGUGGAACCCUGAUUGAUAGGGAAGUAACUCCAUACGUAGUCCUGACAUUAACUGGAACAGACAAUCCAUCUAAUCCUAACACAGGCACCACUACACUCAACAUCACAAUCAUAGACGUCAACAACAAUGCACCACAGUUCAACGGCGGGACGACCGUAUUUUGGGUGGAAGAAAACGUUGGACCAAAGACUAUCACUACGUUAACAGCCACAGACAAGGAUGAAGGCUUCAAUGCCAAGGUAUCGUACUCAUUGAAAGAUGGGGGAUUUGGUUUCUUCAAAGUUAACGAAAGCACUGGCAAAGUAUCGACAAUCAAGGCAAUAGACAGAGAAAACAGGAAAGUCUUCAACCUGUCAAUCGAAGCAAGGGACCAAGGGUCGCCUUCUCUAGAAUCCGUGUUGAAUAUUAUCGUCAAUAUUCGUGAUGUAAACGAUGAAAAGCCUGCAUUUACGGAGAGAUUGUACAAGGGUUCUUAUACGGAAAAUAGUCCAUGUGCCAGAAGCAUCCUAACAGUGAAUGCAACAGACCAGGACGAAGGAAGCAAUGCCACCAUCACGUUCUCAACAACAAGUCCUAACUUUACAGUCAAUAAUAUCACUGGCGCAAUCAGAUGUAUGAUUCCUCUCGACUAUGAAAACAUGCAACAACAUCUGAUAGAAAUAAAAGCAGAGAACCCAGGGUUUCCCACAAUGAGCGCCACAGUAACAGUUGAGAUAAACGUUGAAGACGAAAAUGACAACCCUCCACGUUUUGAUGAAGCCAAGUAUCAGCCUGAGAUAACAACGUUGGAGUGGGUGACCAACAACCCUGUCGAUGUUUUUGAAGUCACGGACGAUGAUUCUGGAACGAAUGGCCUAUUUAUACUCUCCAUGAGUGGGGAGACGGACAAAUUCUACAUUGAUGGAGACACUGUGGGUGUGUUACGCAUCAAAGAGGGCGCAAGUCAACCCGAUGCUUCCACAACAUAUAACUUUGACGUUACAGCUACAGAUAAAGGUUCUCCACCGCUAAGUGUCACAGUCCCAGUAUCAGUUGAUGUAAAGAAAAUACAAGGCACUAGUACUGUACGGUUCAGUUCUAAAGACUUAAGGUUUUCAAUUGUGGAGAACCGAUUAUGUACCACAUCUUUCGGAAGAGCAAAUGCUUCUCAUGACGCCAGCGUGUCAGUUCGCUAUACCUUAAUCAAUGGCGGGGAUUUCCGUAUUAAUACUAGUAGUGGAGCGUUGACUUGCGGUAAAGCACUGGAUCGUGAGGCAGCACCAAAUCAUACCAUGAUCGUCCGCGCCAGGGAUAUCGCCACUAACGCCUCGGACCUGGCUGUUGUUACAGUACACAUUUUGGAUGUUAAUGACAAUGGACCAGAGUUUCUGGCAUCUUCAGGACAGCUCGUCUUUCAAGUUAAGGAAAAUUCUCCUGGCAAGGAGAUCGGACGCAUCAUUGCCAAAGAUGAGGAUGCAGAUGAAAAUGGAAGAAUAACGUACAGCAUUGUAUCGCAGACACCUCGGACACAUUUCUCGAUAAAUCCUGGAACCGGCAGUGUCACUGUUUCGGGAGAUGUAGACAGAGAAGUUUAUGAAAAAUACAACUUAACCAUCAAGGCGGCAGACAAUGGAGAUGCUCCGAGAACUGCAACAACAAGUGCCACGAUCCUUGUCCUGGAUAGCAACGACAAUCCCCCUACAUUCCAAACAACGUAUGCAGUGACAGUAAAAGAAGAUAGUGCCAUUUCCGCAUCGGUGGAGAAAGUGAGUGCAACUGACAGAGACCUGGCGCAGCAUGGUGCAAUUGCAUAUGUUCCUAACACCGUGAUGGUGAACGGAACUGUCUGUCCAUUCAAUGUGUCACUGGAGACUGGAGUCGUGAAAGUGAGCGGCGACCUCGACUAUGAGACGACUUCAACAUAUGAAUGCAUUGUGACUGCGGUGGACAUGGAGAGAUGCAGCAAUUGCACAGGACGUCUCACUGGAUCGACAACUAUGUCCGUCACCAUCCUGGAUUUCAACGACAACCCGCCGGUGUUUCAGGGGGCGCCGUACCGAGCCAACAUAUCAAGAGACGCUAACAUCAGCACUCCCGUCACUGUCGCCAUCACUGCAACUGACAGGGACAGCGUCAUGGACGGCAACGGAGUUGUUACAUACCAUAUUUUAUCAAACAUAAGCUACUUCAGGAUUGAUCGCAAUUCAGGAAGAAUAUACGUGGCUACAACCCUAGACAAAGUCAAUGAUGAUGAGGUCACUCUGAGGAUCAGGGCGACAGAUCUACCCCAAAAAGACCCUGCUAUGGAAGCAAUCACAAACAUUACUAUUUCCAUCCUGACUGAUCAGCCACGACCAUUCUUCAACAAAACAUACACCUUCCUGCUGACGGAGAAUGAAAAGCCCGAUGAGGAUAAACCGGUGUCCAUUAGAGCCUAUGUGCGAAGGGCGAGUGUAGAAGAGUGUAACUGCACCUAUGAUUUAAUAGGUUCAGAAAAUUCGAGCUUUUACAUAGACAGUAUGACUGGAGACUUAAGACAAAAGGACCCAAUAGACCGUGAAAAAACAGGCAGUCGUUUUUAUGUGAAAGUGAGGGCGACAGACCGACGCAGCCCUCAUUUUAGGACAACAGAUGUUGAAGUGAACGUUAAAGAUGUUAACGACAACUUACCCUUCUUCGAGAACACUCAGCACAACUUCACAGUAAAUCAGAGUGCUCCAGUUGGGCAUGUGAUCGGGAGAGUGAUGUCGGUAGACGCUGAUGAACUCAGUCACCCCAUAUACACAGACGUAACUGAUGUUGAGGGAAUCGAACUGCUGCGUAAUGGAACUCUGGUAGUGAGGGCUUCUCUGCUGAACUACACAGAGGUUGAUAUGAUAGUCAGUGUGACAGAGGGCGACUUUUUCGGAUCAAAAAAUAUAUCGGCAGUAACUACAACAAAGGCCUCCAUAGAAGUGCGACCAGACGAUUAUAAUGAACAUCCUCCCAGAUUUGAAAAAGUUGCUUAUGAAGCGUCAUUGGAGUUUUCAUCUGAAACUGGUACAGAAGUUAAGAUUACCAACUUCCGGGCAACGGACGCCGACGGCCACAAUGUCACAUACGCCAUACAAACAAGAAAUGAUAGGGAAAAUCUCAAGAUCGACAGCCAGACUGGGAAAAUAUCUGUUCACAUUAAAUUUGACGACACUGUGCCCGAAGUGAUACAAUUAGUAAUAAUCGCCACCGACGAAAGUCCUCAUCCGAAGACUGGAUCGUGUACAGUUACGAUAACCCUACAGGGAUAUACACAAACAACAUGUGUAGCUGAAAACGCAUAUUCACAGCUACAACAACAGAGAGUAUUAUUCCUUGGGUUAUUCAUAGCUAUGGCAGCCCUACUUGCAGUUACCAGCAUUGCUGCAGUAUUUGCUAUAUACAAGUGGAGGACUGUAAGACGAAGAACACAAUAUCAGGAAAAUAUCAACACCGCUCAUGGUAAAACAACAAAAGCAUCAGAACAAGCUGGAUACGACUCACUAGCUGCGGGGGGCAAAGAUGAAGAAACAUCGUACAACAAACUCAGAGACAGAGAUUUCUCAUCCGGUGUUCCAAACCCAGCAUAUGUGUCUACAGGUCCAAGGCCUCCAUGCACACCUCCCACAGACCCUCUUCCUGACUAUGUUGAUGGAGGCGCCAGCAGGAUAUGAAAAACGUCUUCAUCUACUCUCGGUUACGGGGAUGAAAAUAUAAUUAUUCGCAAGAAGUGCGGUUAUUGGUUGUUUUAAACAUAAACAUUUAAAACAUGAGUUUAUGAACGAGCUAUACGUGCCAAAACAGUGAUAAUACUUUAGAUCAUUCCUAAACAAUAACCUGUUUUGCAUAUGAGAAAAACUAUGUCUCAUAAACAAAAGGAAUAAUGAGUAUAUUUUUAAUAUACACCAGUUAUUUGUAUUUCAUAUAACAAUGUUGAUACAUUUUAAUGCUUUAUACUAAUUGCAUGCCUUUUACCAGUAGUUUCAUAAUCAUGUAUAUAACAACUUCUUAGUCGACACGCCUGUGAUAAUAAUCGACGUAUUGAGUCAUCGUCUCCUCAAGGCUGGAACUGUUUCUCGUAGCAGUUUGAAUACAACUGUCCUAAUAAACACGUUUAAGCUGUUUGACUCUUUAUGUAUGUUUGAUACUCAAGGAUGUUAUGCUCAAGGAUUAUGUUUCCAUUGUUCAACUGUUUCAAGCAUCAUUGUCAACUGUAUAUAGAGUAACUCAUGUCAACGUUUAAGCCUUGAAACAUGUAUUAGGUUUAGUUCAUGUUGUUUGAAUAAAAUAUAACGUUUC